AUGUCUAAAUCACAUACCAAUCAACAAACAGCAAUUUUUAAAUGUUCACCAUCUACUAAUUUUGAUCGAUCAUUAAUUGAGAGCGCUCAUUUUAGUGGACAUCAUUCAAUUGAACAAUAUCUUACAUUUAAUAUUCUUGGAAAACUUUAUUAUGUAAAAAAAACUUUAUUUCAAAAUCAUUCUGUUUUAUUUCAUGAUACGUUAUUUACGAAAUUUGAUCAACUUGAACAAUUUUAUGAUCAAAAUCGACAACAAUAUAUUAUUAAUAUUAGUCCAAUAAUAUUUGAAAAAAUUUUACAAUAUUAUAGAACACAAAAAUUAUUUGAACCAUCUAAUAUUCAUAUUGAUUAUUUUAAAGAAACAUUAGAUAAGUUCCAUAUUGAUACAUCAUCAUUAGAUAUAGAUCAACGAUGUGAACGAUUUGUAUCACGACAAACAGUUUUUCAAAUAAUUCAUGUUUUAUUAGAAUAUCCUGAUUCAUGUCGAUUUUCCCAAAUACUUCAUUACAUUUGUUCAAUGGUAACUUUACUCAGCUGUUUAUUAGUAUCUAUUUCAUUAACAUUUCGUGAUCCGAAUAUUGAUCUUCAUAUAUGGAAUACAACUGAAUUUGAAUUACCAUCACGAUCAAAAUCAAUCAUUGCUCAUUUCUAUAAUCGAUCAUCAAAUAUUUUUAUUAUCGAUACUCUAUGUCUUAUUUGGACAAUUAUUGAAACCAUUUUACGUAUAUUAUCAACACCAUCUCUUUAUAAUUAUUUUACUACAUUAGGUAUAUUUGAUGUAACUGGUGUUGUUUUUCAUUCUGUUUAUAUAUAUAUAAUUGGCACUGGAAGAAAACCAAGUCAAUGCCAAAAAAAUCCAAUUCAUACUAAUGAUAUAUUUAGUUGUAUUACAUUCAAUCGCCGUGUAAUGAUCUUAAAUCUCUUACGUAAAAUACGUCUUGUACGUUAUAUACGUCCAUUAAAAUAUUUUUUAUUAUCUCUUAUUGCAUCAAAAAGAGAAGUCAUACGUCUUAUUGUAUUAAUAUUAUUUAUUAUGGCAUUUCUUGCUCCAUUAAUAUUUAUUAUUGAAAGUUCCUAUAUAUAUGAAUGUUCAUCAUCAACAAAUAUACCAAAUACACGUUGUAUUCGAACAAUAAGUGAUGCAUUUUAUUAUUUAAUUCUUAUUAUAUCAACUGUUGGUUAUGGUGAUGUUUAUCCAAUGUCACAUCUUGCGCGUUUUAUUGCUAUGUUAGCAUCGCCAUUAUCAAUAAUGAUAUUAUCAAUACCUUUAUCAACAAUUUAUAGUAAAUAUAUUUCGUCAUGUGAAAUUUAUCAAAUGCAAUUAGUUAUGCCUGAAAAUGUUCGUUAUCUUGUUUAUGAUAAUAAGAAAAUUGUUAAACGAGAUAAUAAAUUACAAAAAAAUGAAAUUAUCGAUGUAACUGAACAAAUUCAUAGAAAUUUAAAACGUUUGAGAAUUAAUUGA